AUGAUGUUGCUAUAUAAUAAUACUACUAUCAGCAGGAAUAUACAUAUCCCUUGGCUAUGGUUAUUCAUAUUUAUUUCCACACUCAUAUCUUAUACUUUUGCCUACUAUGAUAACGAUAUUACUUCAACUACUCAGAUUGGGAGAAUACGAAAUACGAGAGCUAAAAGAAGCAAAAACAUAAAUAGUCGAUAUAAAAAAAGGAAAAUAGUCAAUAGUAACGUCAACAGUGUCACUUCAACCACUGUAAUACCCAGAGUUUCAAAGACUAGUAGAAAAAAAUUAUAUUCAUCUCCUACAUCAUCGUCAUCAUCAAUUUCUACUUUUAAGAGCACCUUUAGCAGUAAUAGUGGCGAUAAUGAUAAUAAUUAUAAGAACAAGAGCAAUAGCAAUGGUAAUUCUCAUCAUCAGAUGAAUGGUUAUUUUACAAUACCUGCAAAAAAUGAAUUUUUUUCAACUACUUCUAAGAAAGCUUCAAAUUCCAUUUUCUCAUCAACUACUUAUGAUUUUAAUAAAUAUCCAAUUAAAAAAAUUGGACCAAGUUCAAGUAUUUAUAGAAGAAAAGCAAACAUGAUGAUUCCUUACAAUAAUGACGCUUCUUUAGAUAACUUUUCUAUUCAAGAUAUCGUAUUAGUCUCUGAUUUGAAAGGUGGCCUACACGCUGUAAAUAGAUACACAGGUGAAAAUUUAUGGUCAUUGAAUCAUAUUGAUGAAAAUUAUUCUACUUUAUCUAUACAAGAUCCAAAUUAUAACGUUACUACUUCUGUCAAUCACAAUAAGAAUAACGAAACAUUAAUAAUAGAACCAUUCGGCGAUGGAAACAUUUAUUUCUUUAAUAUUUUUCAAGGUUUAACUAAAUUGCCAAUUUCAAUACAUCAAUUAAUAAUGUCCUCCCCAAUGAAUCUAAAGACAAACUUUAUUAUCGAUGACAUCGGAACAAUCAUUGAAGAGGAAAAAACUUAUACUGGCUCAAGACAAACUUCAAUGUUCACAAUAGAUUUAAUUACCGGAACAGUAAUAUCAGCAUUUGGAUUCGGGACUGAAAACAAAAUAUACGUUAAAGAAGAUGUGAUCCAAGAAAACUUAAUUAAAAUUGGUAGAACUACUUAUGAACUGGAAAUUCAUUCUUCCGACUCUCCAUCUUAUAAUGUAACAUAUACUACAUGGCAACAAAACUCAUUAGAUCUGCAUUUGUCCAAUAAUUAUGAUAAUCCAAAAGAUGGUAUUUGCAUUUGUCCAGUAAAAACAGAGAAAAAUAAUUUUUACUCAAUUAUGGCCAUGGAUACUGGCCUAAAUGAUGUAAAAUGGGUCUCUGAUGAAAUUUCACCAAGUAUUAUCAACAAUAUUUUUGAUGUUUUCAAGAAUAAUGAUACAAAUGAAAAUAUACUGAUACAACAUCCAUUUCAGAAGUUCAAGGAUAAUAAAAAAGAAGAAAAUGUUGAUAAAGUUUAUAUUGAUCUAUUAGAAAAUAAUUCAUGGAUAGCUUUGUCUGACAAACAUUUCCCAUCGUUCGUAGAUUCUGCUAAAUAUUCAAGAUAUACCCAAAGAGAGAUGAAACUUGGCGAUGGAUUUGAUUAUGACAUGAAAUUAAGAAUUUUGCGUAAUCAAAGGAUUUUUAAAUCUGCAAUCAGAGGAGUUCACUUUUUAAAUAACAAAAAGAAAAAUCAUUACUAUAAUUAUCAUCUAGCUAGUGACAACAAUCUAUUAAUGCUACCCUAUGAUGAUGAGCAUUAUCUACAUGUUGAAGAUGGAGACGUGUACAUAAACAAGGAUUUUGAUGAAGAUACUACAAUUCAUAGAAACAGAAUAAAGACAAAGAGAAAUUUGGUAGAUUAUGAAGCUGUGGAAAGGAGAACAAGUAAUGAGUUCGAUGAAAAUGAUGAUGAUCUUAGAAAUUAUUUCUCCCCAGAAGAAUUUCAGGCAUAUAAACGUAGAGUACAUCAACAAAUUGCCAAACAGUUCUUUGAAGAAAGUCGUAAUUCAGAAUCAUUAUUUCAUUUUGCAAAGAAUUUUAUUUAUAAAGUUAUUGAAACCGGUUUUCUUUUAAUUGCAUUAAUUUUCGUAAUGGUACUUUUGCAGAAGUUCGAGAUAUUACCACCGUUAAAUUCUUUUUUUAGGUCAAGUGGUCUUCUACCAGUUAGAGAAGUUCAUUCAAAUAUUGAUAAUGAUGAACUGUUACACGAGCCAAAUCAUAUUGAUAAUAAUUUUAUAGAAAAGAAUCCUACUAAUGAAGCAUCUGACGAAAUCAAUAUGGAAAUUUCAAAAACAAGCACAUCAGCUUCAACCAGGUCAUCUAAUUUCACUGAUUCAUCUUCCUCCAAGACAUUACUUAAUACAGACGAUACUGAUACUAUAAACUUAGGUAAUUCAGACAAAAGACGUAAAAGAAAGAAUAAAAAAGGUAAGAAGAAACAGACGAUAGUGAAAAUUACAGAUGACGAAAUGUCUGAAACUAAAGUACAUGUGAAUCAAAUGAAUGGUCAGCUUACUGCGGUCUCUACAGAAGAUUAUAAUGGCGAUGAUAGCUUAAGAAGCUUAUCUGUCAGCGAAAAAGUUUUAGGUUAUGGUUCUUCCGGUACUGUGGUGUAUCAAGGUGAGUUUCAAGGAAGACCUGUAGCUGUGAAAAGAAUGUUAAUUGAUUUCUGCGAUAUUGCAACUAGAGAAAUUGAUUUAUUGACAGAAAGUGAUGAUCAUCCAAAUGUUAUUAGAUAUUAUUGUUCCGAAUAUACAGAGAAAUUCUUAUAUAUUGCAUUGGAACUUUGUAACUCCACAUUGGAGGAUUUGAUUGAUACUAGAAUUAAAUUCCCUGACUUAGAACUGUCAUCCAUGAACGAACCGCCUUCAGGGCCUUUGAUAUCUGAUCUGAAUAGUAUUGCCAUCCUUCAGCAAAUUGCAGCAGGUGUAGCUCAUUUGCAUCUAUUGAAAAUUAUUCAUAGAGAUUUGAAACCCCAAAACAUAUUGGUAUCUACUUCAAAAAAAUUAGUUGAAGGCCAUACUCAAAAUCAAUUCUACAUAAACACUAAUAACGUGAGAAUUCUGAUUUCCGAUUUUGGUUUAUGUAAAAAACUAGAUGCUGAUAAAUCUUCGUUCCAAACUAAUACCAACAAUGCAGCAGGUACAACUGGAUGGAGAGCCCCAGAAUUGCUUGAUAGUAAUAGGAGAAAACUACAACCAAUUCAAGAAGAUUCUGAACAUGAUAAGUCUUCAAAUAUCAACUCUUCGAUGGAAUCAUUUUAUGAUCCUUUUACAAAAUUAAGAUUAACAAGAGCCAUUGAUAUCUUUUCGCUUGGUUGCGUUUUCUAUUAUGUUUUGUCGAAUGGUCAACACCCAUUUGGUGAUAGGUAUAUGAGGGAGGCCAAUAUUAUAAAAGGAAAUUACUCAUUGCAUGACUUAGACUCUACUGUAGGAAAUCCAGCCCUUGUAAUUGAAGCAAAGGAUUUGAUCGAGAAGAUGCUUGAUAAUGAUCCAUUAAAAAGACCUUCUGCAAGCAACGUAUUAAAACAUCCUUUAUUUUGGUCUGCAUCUAAAAAAUUGCAGUUUUUAUUAAAAAUUAGUGAUCGUUUUGAGUUUGAAAGAAGAGAUCCUCCAAGUCCAUUGCUGCUUACUUUGGAAUCACAUGCAUCGAAGGUUAUUGAAAACGGUGAUUGGACUUCAAAGUUCAAUUCACUUUUCAUAGACAACUUGGGAAGAUACAGAAAAUACCAUGGUGAAAUGUUAAUGGAUCUGUUACGUUCGUUGAGAAAUAAAUAUCAUCAUUAUAACGAUAUGCCUCAGAAACUGAUGAAUGAAAUUGGUCAAUUACCUGAUGGGUUUUAUAAUUACUUUUUGAAGAAAUUUCCUAAUUUGCUAAUUGAAAUAUAUAUAAUGGCCUCGGAAAACCUAUCAGAUGAUCGUAGUUUCAAAGAAUAUCUAUAA